GGCAAACAACCAAGAUAUUCAGCGAGCGUAUUCAGCAGGAUAUUCUUCAUUGAUCAUAUCAAUGGCUGGCUGCAUUUCCAAUGUGUGAAGUAAAUAAGAAUCUGAAGUGAUCGUGCUGAUCUGGGUGUAUUAUGAUUACAUCAUUGCUAUGAUUACUCUGACACAUGCAGCAUGAAGCUUCCUGAGCAGCAUGUCUCCCGCAAAGUGGAAGAAGCUUUGCUCUACCGCCUCAAGCAGAAAGCCCUGGAGGAGUGCAAGGAGAGGGCGCAGGCAUAUGCUGACUGCUGCAGCGGGCGCGUAUUCUCAGCAGUGUGGAGCUGCAGGGAAGAGUUCAAGGACCUAAACGUCUGCCUCAGCCAACACACAACUCCGCAGGUUCUCAAUGAGCUCAAGCGGCGGUGGAUGGAAGCUGGGCAGCCUGAGACACCCAAGUGGGACGCACUCUUAAAGAACUUGUAACAUUCGGAGAAAUUUGGGUGUCAGGUUGUGGUCCCCAGGAAGGAGGAGCGCGAGCUCCAUGUCUCCCUUCGUUGCUCGACUGCUGUAUAUUUUCCUGACGCAAUGGGCGCUGUCACUUCUGGCAUCAUGAGGGCCACCUAAAAACGAGAGUGGGCCUUAAGAAAAUUCUAUACAGUAGAAGGGCAAGUCUGAGGCCCUACAGUGCCGUGCAGAAUUGGCAUUGGGUAUUGCGCUGGACUGCAGUACUCGGACAUGAAUUCUUUUGCUGGGCCGUCCAUGUCUGCAAGGCCUGGCUGGGGUCUUCCUGACAAACAGUGUUGCUGAUGACGCCGAAUGGGAAUUGCAGGUCUAUAAAUGAUAGUAAUUUGGCCAGUAGCCCUAGGCAAGCAUUAAACAGCUGUGGAAACUGCUGUGUUGGACAAUGAACCCUUCCAGAUCAGUCAUGACUUGGAAAAGGUUGGAAGUCUGCAGCCACUUACUGAGCAGCAUGCAUGCGCGGCCAUUUGGGGUGGCCCGUGUCCAACACGGGGAGUCCCUGUCAGGUCAUGUUUAUCUGCCUGGGCCGGGCUUUGGACAAGCAGUCCUGACGAGGCAUAUAUAUAGCAUGGCAAAUUUAAAUGGCCGGUACACUAUAAGAUGCGUUUCAGCAAGUACUAGCACUAGAGGUAUUAAUACUGGGUGAGGAGUCUUUGGAAAUAGAAAUUUGACUCGGCCCAGGGCCAGCCCGCCGGUGGCCCAGGGCCGGCAUCGCGAUGACCGGGCCGCCACUCAGGCUAACCCGUACGGCGGCGCCGCUGCAUGCAUGUAGCUGCAGCUGCCGUGAAGGUGCCCAGUAGAGACCACAGCUUAAUUCUAGCAUGGGCAUGUAACGGUACUGUACACUAGG